GAAUUACCAAAAGCAGGGAAAAGUGGAAAAACUUCAAAAGAAGGACAAGACACAGUAGAUCCCGAGCAAAUUUCCAGCAGGAAAAACAGCCUUGUUCCUGUCCAGUCUUCAGUAUCUACUAAAAUAAAAGUACCAGCCCCUCAGCCCAUAGUGAAGAAAGACAAACGGCAGAGUUCUUCAAGGUUUAGCAUCAGCAAUAAUAGAGAACUUCAGAAACUACCAUCGUUAAAAGAUGUUCCUCCUGCUGAUCAAGAGAAGCUUUUUAUCCAGAAGUUACGUCAGUGUUGUGUCCUCUUUGACUUUGUUUCCGAUCCACUAAGUGACCUAAAGUGGAAGGAAGUAAAACGAGCUGCUCUAAGUGAAAUGGUAGAAUAUAUCACCCACAAUCGGAACGUGAUCACAGAGCCCAUUUACCCAGAAGUCGUCCAUAUGUUUGCAGUUAACAUGUUUCGAACAUUACCACCUUCUUCUAAUCCUACGGGAGCAGAAUUCGACCCAGAGGAAGACGAGCCAACGUUAGAAGCAGCCUGGCCUCAUCUACAGCUUGUUUAUGAAUUUUUCUUAAGAUUUUUAGAGUCUCCAGAUUUCCAGCCUAAUAUAGCCAAGAAGUACAUCGAUCAGAAGUUUGUAUUGCAGCUUUUAGAGCUCUUUGACAGCGAAGAUCCUCGGGAGAGAGAUUUCCUUAAAACCACCCUUCACAGAAUCUAUGGGAAAUUCUUAGGCUUGAGAGCUUACAUCAGAAAACAGAUAAAUAAUAUAUUUUAUAGGUUUAUUUAUGAAACAGAACACCACAAUGGCAUAGCAGAGUUACUGGAAAUCCUGGGAAGUAUAAUUAAUGGGUUUGCCUUACCACUGAAAGAAGAGCACAAGAUUUUCUUAUUGAAGGUGUUGCUCCCUUUGCACAAAGUGAAGUCUCUGAGUGUCUACCACCCCCAGCUGGCGUACUGCGUGGUGCAGUUUUUAGAGAAGGACAGCACCCUCACUGAGCCGGUGGUAAUGGCACUUCUCAAAUACUGGCCAAAGACUCACAGUCCAAAAGAAGUAAUGUUCUUAAACGAAUUAGAAGAAAUUUUAGACGUCAUCGAGCCAUCCGAAUUUGUGAAGAUCAUGGAGCCUCUGUUCCGGCAGUUAGCCAAGUGUGUCUCCAGCCCACACUUCCAGGUGGCCGAGCGAGCCCUGUACUACUGGAACAAUGAGUACAUCAUGAGUUUAAUCAGCGACAACGCGGCCAAGAUUCUGCCCAUCAUGUUCCCGUCCUUGUACCGCAACUCAAAGACCCACUGGAACAAGACGAUACACGGCUUGAUAUACAAUGCCUUGAAACUCUUCAUGGAGAUGAACCAAAAACUAUUCGACGACUGCACCCAGCAGUUCAAAGCAGAGAAGCUGAAAGAGAAGCUAAAAAUGAAAGAACGAGAAGAAGCAUGGGUUAAAAUAGAAAAUCUAGCCAAAGCAAAUCCCCAGUACACAGUGUAUAGUCGAGCCAGCAGCAUGAGCAUUCCGGUUGCAAUGGAGACAGAUGGGCCUUUGCAUGAAGAUGUGCAGAUGCCGAGAAAGACAGUGAACGACGAGGCUCCCGAGGCACAGAAAGAUCUGAAGAAGGACCGUGCCCUCGCGCGUCGCAAGUCCGAGCUGCCUCAGGAUCCCCACACCAAGAAAGCCUUGGAGGCUCACUGCCGAGCCGACCCGCUGGUCUCCCAGGACGGGCGCUAGCCUCGGAGCCGCGUCGGGGCAGCGCACCCGCUCCUGUCGGAUUCUGUAGAAAGUGCAUACUUCUCGUGCCAUACCAAUCAGUUACACUCAGAGUCAAAGCUUUCUCCGACCCCGUUCUGUAGGCAAUAACGUACGUCCGCUUCAGCUCCCGAUUAGGAGUUCAAACAAUGGUGACUCAGAUCCCGGGCCGUGGCAGUGCCGAGGGUUGACAGCGGCGUCCUCACCCCAGCCUGGUCCCGGGUCAGACCCUCUCACAGAUCAGAGCUGUGUAUAGGAAAGCGCCCCGGUCACUGGCGUCAUGGUCUCCCGUGGCACUGGUGAUCCUGGAGCGGUCGUCCUGUGACACCAGUGCUUUUCAAAUUGCAAGAGCGCUUUAAAAAGCAUUACCUGUUUUUCCAGACCGGAUGGCCUCUGCCGUCGUCCCCGCGUCGGUGUGUGGCAGGUGUUUCUCUGGUCCUUGGUCUCGCUGCAGCGGCUCCGCGCCCGUCUCCGACACAUGCUGGGAAAGUGCAGGGCGACCCCUCUCUC